AUGGCUGAUCACCAUAUUCAUCAUCUCCUCCCAUUAAUCCUUGCCCUAAUUCUUCUGAUCCUACCAUCAUCCUCCCAUGCAUCUAAUCAAACCGAUGGCUUGUUCUCAGAGCCCUACGAUUUCCUCGUCAGCGGCAAUAACCUCACCGACGGUAACCAGACUUUAUCCCUACAGCCAGAUUGUGGACUUUAUUACUACGUAAACGGCACCCUAGUCAAAAACUUCCAAACCAACACCGACUCCACAGGCUGUAUUCUCACAAUCAACUAUUUCGGCCAACUUGUUCUUGAUAAAGGUGAUGGUACCCAGCCUCAAACCUUGGGCACUGCUGGCGCACUAGGAUUCUACGCUUUACUAUUGACAGAUGACCUGCUUGGUGUCUACGGCCCUCGCACAUGGAGCAAUGGAAUCCUCCGUAGCAGAACCCUUAAAAAUAAAAAUCUCAAGCAAGCGACCUCAAAUAACUUUAUUUAUUCUGAUAAUUCUAUCGAUGGCGUUGCAAAUGGUAAUGCUACUAUUGCAACUAAUGAGGGUGUCACUGCUUAUAUUACUCAAAAAUGUACACUCUCUGUGAAGAAUUCGGCAGGCAUUAUAUGGGAGUCAACACCGUCAAUUAAUGGAUCAUAUGUUUGCUACCUAUGGCUUACGAAUAGAGGACCGCUUCUUCUUCAAUAUGAGGAUUCAAAAGGACUUCAGACACAGUGGACUGGUGGAGUUCUUGGGGAAAAGAACAAGUAUGUGGCUGUUCUUCGUUCUUAUGGUGGGAUUGAUAUUUAUGGAUUAAAGGAUGGCAUUCUUGAUAUUCCUCCCGUUACUGCUGCUGUUGCUAAGAACAUCAAGAUGGUGACUGCUUAG